AGAAGGAACUCAUCGCAUGUCGGCACACAGUAUACCUCUCGUGUGUAAACUUAGCUUGUUAGCGUGUUAAGUCCAAUAUAACCUCAUUGGUCCAGAAAACUAAGAAGGAUCAUUUCUUUCUUUUUUUUUUGUAAUUUAACCAAAUACUUUGCGCAGCUUAAGAGUGUAUUGUGGUAGAACCUCCAAGCUCGUGACAUGUGACAGUCGCCGCCAUAAAACGUAUACAGGACUUUUUCUCUAGUGGGAACCAAACAUCACGAUGACGUCGAUGUUUAACUAUCUUCAUGUAAGUUGGCCUACAGAGAAAGAAGAAUUUGAUACAAAUGAACUACAUUUUGGGACGUUAUCUUGAAGUGUGCUUGAGGUUCCAUUUCACAGAGAUGCUUGUAGUUUUGGAUAUGAGCACACAUUUUUUCUGUAGGAUGAAGGUUAUGUUCUAACGGAUAAAGCUUUGGCUAAAAAAAAAAAAAACAGUAAUAGAAGAAAAUAUAAGGAAGGUUAUCCGCUGUAUGAAACGAGAUGGACUAAAAGACAAACCGUUUUAUCUACCAAAAAGUUAUAUUUGAAAUAAGCUAUAAUAAGAUAUUAGCUGAAAUACGAUAUUAAUUGUGAGGUUUACCGUGAAAUAAAAAGUUAAACAGAACGCUGAAACAGUAAUAAACAACGUAAAAGGUGUACGUCUUCCUUUAUCAAAUCAACGGAAUACACUCAACAGGGCGAGAAUAAUUUUGGGGCAAAAUGGAACACGUGCUGAAAGAAAGAAGCAAUGAGGAUGAUGUGCAAGAACCAUACCAAGGAGGAGAAGGAACUCUCUUUACAUAGGAUUCACAAAAACUCUCGUGGUUUUCAAGAUACGGAAAAAUCACACCACUUUGUGAAUUUCAAUAACAAUAAGCCAAACGGCUACAAUCAAAGUCAUGCUUCACACUUAAAAAACGGAAACGCCUAUGCAGUGUCUUUAUCCCACCCUGAAAUCAUCCUUGAGGAUGGUAUAACGGGAUCCGAUAUAAUCUUAAACGAUAGUAGCCUAUUUCUUGAAACCCGGACUUUGAAAAGCUAUAUCCAUGAUAAUAACGACGUAAUUGAUGUAUGUGAUGACUGUAACAAUAACAAUAAGAGUAACAUCAAUUCUAAUUCUGGUCAGAAUGAUGACUUAGAACGUAAAGACUCUUUGUUUUUUGAUAUAUCGAAUUCAACCCAAGAUUUGGUGCUUGAGCAUUCAGAAAACAACAACAAUAACGUUUAUCUUCAGACAUACUCCCAAAGGAAAUUGAUAAAACUGAACGGAAGCCUCUUCAAGAAAACAUCAGUAAGUCAGUUACAGGAUGAUCCUGUAAUUCAACAAAGGGGAACUGUCUGCACUCAGGCGGGCCAACAAAGUUGCAACUACACUGCUAUUAGAAAUCAUGUUCCAGAACAUUUUCUAUUUUCUAAAACUAAGUCCCCUGAUUCAGAAAGUUCAGAAUAUUCGGAUGUAUCUUCUAUGAAUGAAACUAACUCAAGUUCUGAUUUGGACGUAAAUAUGACAAUGGAAACGUUAAAUAAUUUUUCCAUGGCCACAAGUAAACACGACGGUAUUCAGUGUCUGGCCAACAAAGACGAGAAAACAAAGAAUGCAAACAUUCGUCAAUUAGAGUCAGCCUCUACGUGCUUGGAAGAGGCAAAGAUUUUAAAUACAGCUCCGAAUCUACCAAAAAAUAUGACUGAUGAGUAUCAGGAAGAGCUUAAAAGCAAACAUAAAGUGGAAGUUAUUUUUUCCGAGGGAAUAGAGAAAUGUGAAUUGGACUCUGCUGAAAAAGAAAUUGGAAGAAAGGAGUAUGAUACCGACUUGCUUUCACAAGAAAACCCCAGUGAUGAUGGGAACAUGAAGAGUAGAAGAUCAUUAACUCCUGUGAUUGAACCAUUGUUAAAAGGGUCACCAAUUAUUUGUGAAAACAUAUCUUGUUUUGUUUCUAAAAGCUGUAUCAGCGAUGAUAAAAUAGAAAGUAAAAACUGGUCUUGGUCUUCUGGAGAAAAUGGUGAACACUUACUAAAAAUAAUUGAGGCUCUACCAAGCAGUUUGGCACCGAAAAGUGAGGAUCAAAAGAAAUCACUAGAAACAGCUAUGUAUUCUCGAAAUAACUGUGAUAAACAAGUGCCUCCUAAAACAUCAGGAACAAACAGAAACAGUGCAAAUGCAAGCGCCGAUCCUAUAAAAUAUUUCCAAACAAAGCAUCCUAGAGAGUGUGCUGAUACUUCAUCAUCAUUUCGACAUGAGUCGAUACUAAAAGAACGAUCUUCAUUACUGGAUUAUGAUGAUGAAAAAUCGUUGUUUUCUGACGACAGUCUAAAUAAUAUAAGCAUUACAAACAGUGUUGUAUACAAGAGCAUGGCAGAAAAAGUUACACUAACGCCCCCUUGUGUUUCCUUCUCGACAACACGGUCGCCAGGAAAGGAUACCGGUAGAUAUUCAUAUCCUGUGAAAAAAGAUAAUUCAUCACCUGAAGUUUUAGGAGACUUUGACGUUUACAACAUCGAAACAGCAAUGCCGAAGAUCGACUGGAUUGCUUUGGAAGAACAUCUAACUCGAGCCGCCAAGGAAGCCGAUUGGUAUUUACGGCGACGAAAUGAUCGAGAAGAAAUUCGCAGGAAACUGGCUAUGGACUCCGAUGGUGACGAUUACUACUGUGGAGAAAGAGUCACCAAAAAACCUAGUCUUUCUACCAGAUUGCAGAGUGGGAUGAAUCUACAGAUUUGCUUUAUGAAUGAAAGAGCCAGUGACCAAGAAAGUCAAGGAAGCGACCAUGAUUUGGAAAGUUCUUUUCAAAAAGAAAAUAUAUGUGGACUGUCAUCAGCAGUUGAAAAUACAAGUAGACUGACUGAUGCUUCAGACAAAGAUAAGACAGUAUCAAACUCAACUUUAGCAGAAUCAACAAGUAGCAGUCAGUCCUUAGGGAGUAAGAGACAAAGACCAUCUAUUUUCUUUAAUCGACCUAAAAAUUGGAGCUUACAGUCAACUCAGAAAAACAGUAAAAGAAAAGAAAAGGAGGAGGAACAAGAAGAUUUCAUGACAAGACAAGCUCGACUUCAGGCGGAAGCAAGAAUGGCAUUAGCUCAGGCUAAAGAAAUGGCACGCAUGCAGAUGGAGGUUGAAAGGCAACGAAAGAAAAAAUCUCCUAUUGCAGAUAUAGUUGGAUUUACUCUUCCUGAUGGACGUCAUCGUCUUAGUCGUCAGAUUCUUACUGACAUGAAUGUAGCACAGCUGCAAGUAAUAGUCAAUGAUUUACACACACAAAUAGAAAAUUUAAAUGAAGAACUGGUACAGUUGCUCUUAGAAAGAGAUGAUCUCCACAUGCAGCAGGACUCCAUGUUGGUAGAUAUAGAAGACCUCACAAGAUACCUCAAUGCAAAGAAUGAUGCAUUAUGUAAUCAACAAAGUAUAGUACAAGUUGACCCAGCCAAAACAAUUAGCAAGUGAAUAACCAAGCAAGUGAGUUUUCCAAGCCCGUUCCCUUGGCUGUGGUUUUGCUAGAUAGUAGAUUAUCAGCAGAUAAUUAGAACAAGUUGACCCAGCCAAAACAAUUAGCAAGUGAAUAACACAAAUGAAAGUGAAUCUUUUCUCUUUUUCAUGUCACCUCAGAUGUUGUAUACUAUAUUGUACACAUUUGUAUCCUACACUUUUGUGUUUGGUGAAACGAAAUGUAAAUAUGAACUCAUUAGAAUAGAAUAGUUAGAAUGCAACAUGAAAAGUGUAUAAAUUGUAUGUGUAUACUUGUGUUUAAUCUAUAUAUAUGUAUCAGUUUUGAUAUAAGAAGGCUUUUCUUGUUAUUAUAUAAGAUGUAUUGCAAGUAGUGAAGCAUUUGACGUUAUGAUUAUACGGUACAUAGGUUUGUCUUUAUAAGUGCAUUUUUUUUUCCUGUUUUUGUUCAUCCUGCUACACAAAAGCCAAUAAUGAGAGAAAUCAUGUUACAUUCUAUCAAAUUGUGCAGUAUCUAAAGUUAUUAGAAUUAAGUAUGGCAAGGAAACAAGUAAGGUCAAUGAAUUUAUAAAACAAAAAAAAACAGAUAACCAAGUAAUGUUAUAAAUCAAUGUUGAGCCAUAGUCUCAAACUGUUGACAAAAACUGUGUUAAAUACAGUGUGUGUUUUUGUCAUUGACUUUAUAUAAGAUGACUAUGAUACAGUUGUAUCAAGUUAACUCUUUGUGAGUUUACAUGUCAACCAAGGUAUAGUAACUCAAUGACUUAUAGAAGUAAAAGUACUAACAUUUGCUAAAGAAGUGACCAAUAUGAGUGGCAUGAACUUAAAGAUUAACAACUUAGUAAAUAUUAAAGUUAUCAGAUGGGGUCUUUUCUAAAAAUAUCAGAAGGAAUAAUAAUCUAAUUAAUAUAAUUAUGAACUAAACAGAGUAAGGUCAUCAGAGAAAAUACUUCUACAAAUCAGAUAGAAUUGUCAGAUAAAAUACUUUUACAAAACAAUAGACAGAAUCAGCAGAUAAUUAGCAUCAUUAUUAUGAACUAAUAAAGUCAUCAGAGAAAUUACUUCUACAGAACAACAGACAGCAUCAUCAGAUAAUUAGCAUCAUUGAACAUAGUGAUAAGGUGAGUAAAUAUGCUUCCUUCAGACACUGUUUUCGUUAGUUUUCAGUAAAUAAAAUUAUCUUUGUAAAAUAUGGAGCACAGAGUACUGAAAAAGGCUUAGAUAAAUGAGUUAAUGUUUUCAGGAUAAUUAGAGUCCUCAAAAAUGUUGCAUAUGAAAAAUAUGAUGAAUAGAGUUUAAUGUCUAUGUUGAAUGUUUUAAGUUGUCAUUAAUACAGAAUAUGAGAAUGAUCCGAUGAUAGAAAUUUGGAGAAAUAUCUGAAACAAAAUGAUGCCUUUUAUCAGUUGGUAGGAAAUAGGAUAAAGAAGUGAAUUACCUCACAUCCUCAAAUGGGUUAAAAAUUAGUGACUUGAAGUAGGUUAGAAGUGUUAUUGUGGUUUUUUAACAAGGUAAGAUUGUGCCAAUUAUAAUUAAAGAACAUUAAAACCUCCAAUGUAUUUUCCAUUCAAUGCUCAUAACUUCAUCAAACGUCAUAGGUGAACAUUUCAAUUACUACUUUAAAUAUUUAUUGUUGUUAUAAAAUUACUCUCAAUUUAUUUGUAAUAUAAAAUUUGACCUGAAGAGUUUUAGUGUGCAUUUCACAUGGGAUAGUGUGAACUUUAGAAAAUCUUAUCCUUUUAGAUCAUGGCUAAGAAAAUAGCAAUGUUAAACAAUUGCUCUUUUAGUGUGUUAAUUUAAUAAUAACAAGCUUUUCAUAUUAUAUUUUCCUUUUUUAAACUUUGUUUUGUUAUGGAAUACUUAAAAGUUAAUUCAGUGCUGUAUGUUAAUGUGAAUAAUUAGAUACCAAAUAGCAGCAUAACUACAUUCUACUUAUUGAAAACCUUGAUAUACGCUAUGAUUAUGUAAUUUGCAUUCACUUUUCAUCAUAAAGAGGCUGAACACAAUUUUUCUUUUUGUAAUUUUAAAAUUUCAGAAUAAAUUUAUAACUACAAUAAACUACAUUGUUAAUUGUACCAUUGGCCAGAAAGCUAAGAUUUCUGAAUUAUUAGAUGAAAAACAAAAACUGUUUUUAUAGCAUUGGGUUUCAGUUCCCAUAGUAUAAUAGGACUAUUAUGUAGCUCUGCAAUAAAACACUUUUUUAUACAUGCACUUAGACAAAUAAUUUCGUUUUGAAGUGGAUUUCUUUUUAGUUGGGGCACAGCAGCUCAUAGUUCCAUCUCUUGACCAAUUUGACAUCUAAUUACAGCUGCGGCUGUUGAUAAUUCCCUCUUGUAUUAAUAACAGGCAAAAAAAAUAUUAACAGUUCAGUCUCACCACAGUGUCCCAUUUAUUUUUAAACCCUGGUGAUGUUUUUGAGUGAUACACUUCUAUAAUUAUCUAAAUCUAAGAUUUAGCAUCUAACCUUUAAAUAAUUUUCUUUAAUCUGAAUGACUGAACUUAAACCAGAAUUAUCUAUUUGUACAAAUACUAGUUAUGUUGUUUGCAUUUCAUUAAAUUAUAGUGAGAUAGCAAAUUAGUUUGAUUUUCUAAACUAUUAUCAUAUUAGUCAUAGUGGUAAUUUUUUCAGGGUUUGAGUUCUAGAAAGGUAAACAUGACAUUUUGUUUGAGGAAUAUGUAAAUUAAUACUUAUUGGUUGUGAAACAAAUGUGAAAAAUAAGAACAUAUAUUUUGGUGUACAUGUUCAUACUUGACGUAUGUUUGACAGAAAAAAAAACGCUAAUUAAAACCAAUGCAACAUAGCAACUAAAUGUGUUUAACAGAAGUUACAAGUUUCUUCUUUUGUGCAAUCAAAGGUAGUUUGCUUUGUCCUGCUGCAUGACAUCUAAAUUUGUUAUAUGUGAUAGCAGUUGUUCCAAUGUUAUAUUUAUACUAAUUUAAUCAAUAACUAAUACAUGUUUUUGUUUCAGUUCAAAAUGUUGAAUUUUUUAAGAAUCUGUACAUUUUAUUAUUACAAUUUCAACUUAUCUGUUAAUGAAACUUAUUGUAUUUGUUAAAAACUUCAAAUGACCGUGUGCGUAUUUAUCAGGGAAUUUAUAAUAUAAAUAACAUUUUACAGAAAAUGUUUUCCAAUGUGAUGCACAUUUUAGCAUUUUUCCUAAUAUUCCAAAUUUGUAUAUUCAAAGCAUUAUUAGAAACUAGCUUUCAUGUAUGUUUGAUCAACAGAAUAUCUUACCUAAUCUCUUUAACAUAAAAGUUUUUGUUCCUAGAUUCAUUGUUUGUUUGUUUUUCAACUUAUAAGUAUAAUUGAGAUUCAUGGCAUAGAAAGUAAUUUGACUAGAUGUUUGAAAUUUAUAGAAUAUUGCAUAAAUUGACAAAAUGUAUUUUCAGCUUAUGUUUCCAUGACUUACAAGUUAUAUAAAAAAAAAUUACAGCAGCAUGCCAUAUCUUUUAUUUCUGUGGAACAGUUAUGUUUGAAAAGUUUAAUCCUCAUUGUUAUUAAUAACAAUAGCAAGGUUUUGCUACUAAAUAUUUCAAAAUGUUUAAGGAUAUUUCACAAUAAAAACCCAUGUAUUACCUGUAUGUCUGCUAUUAAAGACUUGUAAUUUUACCUCUA